GCGCUCGCGACGACAUUGAAAGGGCAUGCACCGGCUGGAAAAGCAAAAAUUCUACUGAGCUCCUACGCGCAUAACGUGAUUAGUACGAGCUAUAGAGAGUAUGAAAGUGAGCUUACCCCGCUGGAUGAGGGUGACCUCUGUUCUCCUGUGGAGGGCAGCGAGAACAUACUUGAGGAGGCUGUGGUGGCGUUUCUGGAGGAGUUGAUGGCUCGCAAGGGGGAGCGCUACUGGAAGAGGGCGGGUAAUCGUCGUUGUGGCGAACAGAAAGAGCACUGGCAGAGAGGAUUAGA